AUGUCCGGUGUCUCACAGGAUACUGAAUUCCAUCACAUCGCCAUCAAACGACUACACCCGACGUUCGGCGCGGAAAUCAGUGGCGUGGACUUCUCCAAGCCGGUGACAGAGGAAGUCUUUGCAGAGAUCUUGGCUGCGAUCAAGAAAUACGGGGUCUGCGUAUUCCGCAACACCAGCCUCGACGAUGCCGGCCACAUCGCCUUCGCCACCCAGUUCGGCGAAUUGGACGAUGUGACACCAUACAUCGCGGGCGGACGCGCCCACCGACUCUCCGACGUGCGGCUAUUUGACGUAGGCAACAUCGACCUAGACGGUGGCGUGUUUGCCCUAGAUAAUGUGCGACGCGAAUGGAACAAGGUAAGCGAGACAUCCGGGGAGGCCAAUCCCUACCCAAAUAUCAAACAUCAACCCGGGCUAAUGAAUGUCUGCAAGGGCAACGGCCUUUUCCACGUGGAUUCGAGCUUCAACCCCCGCCGGGCCGGGUACUCACUCCUGCGCGCCGCCGAGCUACCACCGGCAGGCCUGGGAGGCGAAACGGAAUUCGCAGAUUCACGAUCCGCCUUCGGCGACCUGGAAUCACAGUUGCAGGAUCAUCUGCGCGCCCAGGAUUUCAUCGCCGCUCACUCCCUCUGGCAUUCUCGGAAGCUGGCCAGCCCGUCUACCUUUGCCGAAGUGAAUCCGGACGAGUACCCGAUGGGUCGACACCGACUGGUACAGACGCACGAGGGAUCUGGCCGUGAGACGUUGUACCUUGCCGCGCACAUUCACCAUAUUGAGGGAUUAGAGGAGGAGGCGUCGACAGCGUUGGUGGAGCGGUUACUGGCUCAUGCUACGCAGACGCGGUAUGUGCUGCGGGUUGAUUGGGUGAAUGUGGGGGAUCUCGUGCUGUGGGAUAAUACGAGUGUCAUGCAUCGGGCUGUUGGAGGGCAGUUUGAGGGCCGGUUUCGCCGAGACAUGCGGCGGGCGACUGUUCAUGAUGGGAGCUCGGCAGCUUGGGGGUUGAAUGAGCGAAGCGAGAUUCGACAGGGGUUGCCAUAG